AUGGAAGUCGGCCUCUCUAAACAAUACGCAGGUCCUCUCUCCACCUCUUCCCACCACUUCCUACUUCUCUUAUCAGAUUCCGCGCUUCCACUCGGCUCGUUUGCAUUCAGCAGCGGCCUCGAGUCCUACCUCGCCCAUACCCGUUCGAGCUCCUCUUUCCCCGCGUUCCUAGGCUUCUCCUUAUCCUCCUAUGCCUCAACAACCUUGCCGUUCGUUCUCGCGGCGCAUCGAAACGUGCUGGACCUGGUAGAGCUUGACGAUACCCUGGAUGCGGCCAUUAUGUGCACAGUAGGUCGACGAGCGUCCGUUGCACAAGGAAGGGCUCUGCUUUCGAUCUGGGACCGGUCGUUCAGCUCGGCCAAGCCUGCUGGGGCUUCAGCUGUCCACGUACAGGCGCUGAAGGAAUUUUCCGUUCUGCUACGAGGUACAUCUACGAAUGUCUCCUAUGACUUGCCGACUGCUUCGGCCCAUCUCGCGCCGCUUUUUGGCGCAAUUUCGCGGAUAUUGGGGAUCGGUCUGCAGCAGACGGCAUAUAUAUUCAUGUUGAGCCAUGUGAAAGCUUUGCUGUCAGCAGCGGUGCGAGCAAGUAUAUUUGGACCAUAUCAUGCACAGAAAGUGCUGGCGAGCAAAGAGGUUCAAGAGGGUAUUCAGAAGGUUAUAGAACAGCAUUGGGAUACCACAAUUGAGGAUGCAGGGCAGACUGUGCCUGUCAUGGAUCUCUGGGUUGGGAGACAUGAGAUGUUGUACUCAAGAAUAUUUAACAGUUGA